AUGCUGGACGUAGGCGUCCCUCUCUUCCCAUCUCUCCGCCACCCCCUGCCGCACGCCGACCAACCCACCCCCAACACUGAACCCCUCCCAAGCCAACCAGCCCCCCAUGUCACACCAGAACCUCCCACCCGCACAGGACUAGGACUAUACCGCCUCUCCUCAUUCUACAACCCCCACCGCCCGCCGGGACCUGACCCCUCAAACAAUGAUGAUGAUGAUGGAGCAGCGAGUGACACGGGGUCCCACCGCUCGCGCGCUUCUGCCCCGAGUUUCCUGCCUACCAGCAGGUGGACGGGUUCGCAAUACUUUCGGCUUCGCAAGGAUCAAGGGGAGUAUGUGGAGAGGGAGAGGCCGAGGUCGGCGCCGGGGGUGAUGGCGGGGACGCAAGAGCUCUUUGAAGAGCUGAGGGUGGGAUCGCCGUUGAAGGGAGAUGUUUUGGUGCGGAAUAAGACUCUGGGUCGGUAUGCUGGUGAAGUCUCUCGGACUCGGUCUGAUUCGGCACCGCCAUUCGCUGGGGAUGAGCUUGGAUGGAAAGAUGGAGCGGGGGUCUCUUUAGAAGCCGGCCCGACAGUAUCGCUGCAGUAUGAUUCUUCUCUCUCAUCUUCUGCCACUCUCCUCAACACCUCUAUCGGACCGUCCCCAACGCCCACCUUGGUGGACCUCAUCAACACCAACCUAAAGUCAACUCAAGAGACUCCAGAUUCUCAUCCCGCCUCGGACAGCAACGACAAACCUCAAAGUAUCAAGACCACCCCAAACGUCAAAACAAGCAAGAAGCACGGAAGGCUAGGGGCGAAGGAGAGGAGGAAGAAGAUGUCUAUGAGGAAUAUGCGAGAGAGGGGUAAAAAGUUGGAAAUGAACGAGGAGGAGGCGCGGGGUAGAGAGCAGGGACGAGGAAAUAUGGUUGAUGAGCUUCCUUCCCUCGACUCCGACCUGUCGUUCCCUACUCCAGCGUCCGCCUACGACAGUCGAUACUCUUCUAAUUCCAGUGAUGCGCAAGUUGCCAGUGCCAACGAUACCUCAAAGACUAUUCAAAACCAGACUACCACCUCGACAGCGCCCACUACGGUAAUACACGACCAAGCCACACCUGAUCCGGAACAAGAGGUCGAUGGAGCGUCUCGACAGACUACUACCCUGGAGGACACACAAGUCAAAGACAAGAGCACGCAAGUCGACAAGACGGGGCGGCAACCGAAAACGAGCGGGAAGAAGAGCUCGACAGCAAACGAAAAGAAGGAUUUGAAGCGAGAGAUGAGAAUGGCGCCAACGCAAGUCACAUUUCUCUUCGUGCAAAACCUUCUCUAA